CGGAAGGCGGAAAGGCUCGAAGGGUUUCCAGCUUCCCCCGGCUGCACCGUCUCGCCCUGUGGGAGCUCCACCCGCGAUGGCCCAGCCGGGGAACAUCGGGACCCUGCUGCUGCUUCCCCUGCUGGCGGUGGUGGCGCUGGGCGAGACGACGGAGGAGUUGGGGGCCUACGUGUGGCCGUGGCCGCAGAACAUCUCCGUGUCCCCCAAUCGGACCUUCGCCCUGCAGCCCAGCCUCUUCCACUUCCAGUACUCGGCCUCCUCGGCCGUGCAGCCCGGCUGCUCGGUGCUCGACCAGGCCUUCGUCCGCUACCUCCGCAUCAUCUUUGGGCCCGGCCCCUGGCUCUCCCCCGACCGACCAGGACUGAAGCAAACAGUGAAGAAUUCAUUGGAAGUCUUCGUGGCUGUCCCUGGGUGUGACCAGUUUCCUGAAAUGAACUCUGUGGAGAACUACACCCUGACCCUCAAUGAUGACCAUUUCAUCCUGAAAGCUGAUACUGUCUGGGGAGCUCUCAGAGGCCUGGAGACUUUUAGCCAGCUCAUUUGGAGAUCCGCUGAGGGUAUGUUCUCUGUCAAGUGGACAGAAAUUGUAGACUUUCCCCGAUUCCCUCACCGAGGCUUACUGCUGGACACAUCUCGUCAUUACCUGCCUCUGCAAGCCAUCCUGGAGACACUGGAUGUCAUGGCAUAUAACAAAUUCAACGUGUUCCACUGGCACAUAGUCGAUGACCCUUCUUUUCCAUAUGAUAGUGUGACUUUCCCUGAGCUCAGCAGAAAGGGAUCCUACAACCCUGUCACCCACAUCUAUACAAUGGGGGAUGUAAAGACAGUCAUUGAAUAUGCCCGAUUGCGAGGCAUCAGAGUCCUAGCAGAGUUUGACACCCCCGGGCACACUUUGUCUUGGGGAAAAGGUAUUCCUGGAUUGCUAACUCCUUGCUACUCAGGGACCACUCCUUCUGGCAGUUAUGGCCCAGUGAAUCCCAUCCUCAACAGGACCUAUGAGUUCAUGGCUUCAUUUUUCCAGGAGAUCAGUUCAGUUUUCCCAGACUUUUACCUUCACCUUGGAGGAGAUGAGGUUGAUUUCAGCUGCUGGCAAUCCAAUCCAGAUAUCCAGGCCUUCAUGAAGGAAAAGGGCUUUGAGAGCUAUGAGAAACUGGAAUCUUUCUACAUUCAAAAGCUACUGAACAUUGUGUCUUCCUAUAAAAAGGGCUACUUAGUGUGGCAGGAGGUGUUUGACAAUGGUGUGAAGCUGAGCCCAGACACAGUGGUGCAUGUCUGGAGAGAAACGAAACCUUUGCCCUAUACCAUGGAGAUGCAGAAUAUCACCAAGGCAGGGUACCGCGUCUUGCUGUCUGCUCCCUGGUACCUGAACCACAUCUCCUAUGGGCAGGAUUGGCAGCAAGCCUACCAAGUGGAGCCCCUGGACUUUGAAGGCAGCCCUGCGCAGAAGUCUCUAGUGAUUGGGGGUGAAGCCUGCAUGUGGGGCGAAUACGUGGAUGUGACAAAUCUGACUCCCAGACUCUGGCCCAGGGCAGGAGCUGUGGCAGAGAGGCUUUGGAGCAGUCAGUCAGUGCGGGAUGUGGACUUGGCAUAUGAGCGACUGGCGUACUUCCGGUGUGAGCUGCUCAGACGAGGUGUCCAGGCCCAGCCUCUCUAUGUAGGCUACUGUGAGCAUGAAUAUUUCCAGCACUGAAUGGAGCAAGGCCAUCCUGGAAUUCACCCUAGGUGGGAGCAACUGGACUAACUGCCUUGUAUUUGAGGGACUCCAUAUGGAAGAGGAUCAGGGAAUGCUUGGAUUGGAAUCCUUGCCUUACCACUUGCUACUCUGAGACCUUGGGAAAGGCACUUUGCAGGCCUCAGAUUGUAGAGACGACCACCCACGAAGCCGAGUUUUACAUCUCCCACCUGGGCAUUUUCAUUGGCUGGAAUUCUCUUUCUCAUCUCUGUCUCCUCCAGGUCCCAGCUUCACACCCAUUAAAGCCUCACUUUGCUCCCUUAGUGUUAGUGCCUUCUCUCCGAGAUUUCUCUCCUAACUUCUGUACGUGUCCUGUUUGUACAUAGUCAUUUACAUGUCUCCCCCAUUAGACUCAAGGGCAUAGACUGCUUUUUACCUUUAUGAAGCCAGUGCUUAGCAUGCCUGGCAUAGUAGGUGCUUAAUAAAUGCUUCUUGACUUGACAUAUAAGCACAGAGAGGCAUGAAAGAAAUGGACUGGACCCCCUAAGGUCUGAAUGCAGAAAAGCCCUCUCAACCCCCAGUCCAACAAGGCUGUCUGCAGACUGGGGGAGGAGACUAACUUCAAAGUGAUUCCUCCCCGUGUACAGUGAUUCAGUGUUUAGGGGGCAGUCAUCAGCUUCAAUACCAUAGAUGGGUCCAUUAUAUCCAAGUUUCAUUACAGUUAUCUGUCUUCUGAAGGGCAGCCAGUAGGGGGUAGUGCUGCUCUAGACAUCCUGUAGUCCCAUGGGGAGGGGUUAGGGGACAGGUGGCUUAGUCAUCCUUGUCUUUCUGUAGAUGACAUGAAAGUGAUGUAUGACUAGGAGUCACUGAAUUUCUGAGUUGCAAAGGUUCUCUAGUCUAUGCCAUGCCUCCCAAAAGAAUCUCCACUGCAGGCCACCUGACAAGCAGUCAUCCAGCCUUUGCUUGAAAGUCAGGGAGAACCCACAACAGCUGGAGCCCUUGAGGUCCUACCCUGACUCCAAACACCCCUGCCUCCAGGCUCUCUCAUGCACUUAGACUUAGCUGGCCUCCCAACUCCCAUAUACCCAGCUGCCGCAUCCACCCCUGGACCAUGGUUCCCAUCCUGGUCUACUCUGGGAGGGGACAAAGUACCAUGAAAACAAGGAUCUCCCUUGUAGCUCUCUGGACAUUUCAGAGCUGUAGAGCAGACUACCUUCAGACCUAGGUGUUAGGGAUCUAGGGAGGAAAAGUCUAGGAUCAGGCAUUGGUUUCCCACCCCUGGUCUAAGUGGAGAAGAGGAGGAGGAAGCUCAGGGCUGGGUGGGCAGGGCCUGGAGAGCCUUCUGUAGCACUCAAUACCUGAAUGGCUUCCUUGAGAGGGUCCUGAGUUUCCUCAGUAGAAAAGAAAGCAGAGACAAUGUAGGAUGCUGGGAACCAUCAUGAUUUCUAAAUCUAAUUUCCUUUUCAUGAACCCAAAGGGCAUGGUACAUCCUAUGUUAAUGAUGACAAUAUUUUUUUUUAUUUCAAAAGCCCUCACAGAUUCCUAUCUGGUUCUCACAUCAUCCCUGUCAAAUCCUACGCAACAGCAAAUUAAAAAUAAACAUUCUGGAAUGGUUUGACCAAAGCACAGAUCCAUACAAGCACACGAGCAUACAGAGAAAUACUUGGGUCCCAUACCAAGAGGAGGCACUUUUAAUAAAUGUCAAACUAAAAGACACCCUACAUGGGGUGGGAGAGAGGGAAUAGAGGUGGGGAUGGAGCUAGUGGUCAGAUAGUUCAGUGGGAAGAGCACUGAGUUCAUACUUAGGGUCCAAAUCUGGCUCUGCACCCUUAUGAAGGCUCCUUGGAGUCUUAGAUUCCUCUUUGACAGAGAAAGAGUAACAGUAAAGAGAAAACACUUCCUCACAGGGCAGUACUGAGGUCCCUUAGUGUCUUAGCUCACCUGGACAUGCCCCAGACCUGGGCCAAGGACAUUAGAGGUAGCUCUAUGAGUGGGUAGAGUACGAGACCACCCAAAUACCACUAGCUGCUUGCUAGAAUGCCUGAAAUUCCACCACUGAAGAGUUAUUGGGGGAGGGGGUGUCUCUAAGAGUUCUUUAUUAGAGUAAAAAUUACUCU